GAGCCCGGCACAGACGCUACUGGCACGCACGCACCAGCACCACACCACAUGCAUGGUGGAGCCUAGCACGGGCAGCUAGCUCCCGGCCGGCGACGUGACGACCACCACCACCACAUGUUGCAUGAGCAGCAGGCACCGCCACCGCCAUCCAUCAACCCCGACGACGACGGCGGCCGCGAUGUCGAGGUCACCACGUUCCGCGACAUCCACCCUCUGACGCCCGACGCGCCGCCGCCCGCCUCCGCGUCCUGGGACACGGCCAGCCACCGCUCCUUGUCGUCGUCCGACGACCAGCAGUACAUGACGAUGAGCCGCGAGUUCACGGCCAUGGUCGCCGCCGGGGCGACCAUGCAGACCGGCGGCUACGACGGCGCCGCCGACCAGCUCACCAGCAUCGGCGAGGACGAGCUGGAGGAGACCAACCCGCUGGCCAUCGUCCCCGACAGCCACCCCAUCGCCACGCCAGCCAGGUCCAGGGCGUCCGGGCUGGAGGUCGUGCCCGCGGGCCCGGCGCCGGCGCCGCAGCCGCCCGCGCACCUGGAGGCCAGCCAGGUCAAGAAGGAGGAGGUGGAGACCAAGGUCACGGCCUGGCAGACGGCCGAGGUCGCCAAGAUCAACAACCGCUUCAAGAGGGAGGAUGUGGUCAUCAACGGCUGGGAGACCGAGCAGGUGGAGAAGGCCUCCGCGUGGCUCAAGAAGAUCGAGAGGAAGCUGGACGAGCAGCGCGCCAAGGCGCUGGAGAAGACGCAGAACGACAUCGCCAAGGCGCGGCGCAAGGCGGAGGAGAAGCGGGCGUCGGCGGAGGCCAAGCGGGGCCUCAAGCUGGCCAAGGUGCUGGAGCUCGCCAACUUCAUGAAGGCCGUCGGCAGGGUGCCCACCAAGCGCUCCUUCUUCUAGCCAGCCGACUACCCCCGUCUCUCCCUGCCUGCGUGUGAUCGAUGUACGCUCGCUGCUGCAUCCGAGAACCUAACUGUAAAGAAAAAAAAACUGUAAGCUGUAUACGUACUGCGCCUGCUGGUUCCCCUGUGAUGUCUGUCAGUGUCAUCCAUCACAGGGUGCCAGUUGUUCUCUUCUCUUUCUUUUCUUUUCUCUUCUCUUGGCUUGUAUAUCGGAUCCAUAUAUGCUGGUGGUGCUUGAACGAACUGUUGUUGUUUGCUUAACCGUGCAAACAUAUACAGUGGUAUAUACACUACAUUCAGAACCCAAUACUGCAACUGUUGUUAGAGCUGCU